AUGGCAGAAAGAUGGGUUCCUUCAUUAAGCUUUUUCCUAGUUAUGGUUGUCCUUCACUCAGCAGAUGCUUCAAUUCCAGCUAUGUUCAUACUAGGGGACUCAACAGCUGAUGUUGGAACCAACAGUUUAUUGUCUUUUAGUAUUAUAAGAGCUGAUUUUCCUUUCAAUGGCAUUGACUUUCCCUCCUCACAACCAACUGGGAGGUUCAGCAAUGGCUUCAACACUGUAGAUUUUCUCGCCAAUCUAACAGGUUUCCAAAAAAGUCGACCACCCUUUCUUUCUCUAGUUAACAGUCAGUCUUCUAUGAACAAGCAGUUUCUUAAAGGUGUAAGCUUUGCAUCAGGAGGAUCUGGACUUCUUGAUACAACAGGACAAUCUCUGAAUUUAUUCGAGCUUGGGGCAAGGAAGUUUGCCAUUGUAGGCGUUCCACCAAUUGGGUGUUGUCCGUUGUCAAGACUUGCAGAUAUCAACGAUCAUUGUCAUAAAGAAAUGAAUGAGUAUGCCAGAGAUUUCCAGACAAUACUCAGUGCCCUCUUGCAAAAGCUCAGCUCAGAAUAUGGAGGAAUGAAGUACUCACUUGGAAAUGCAUAUGAAAUGACAAUGAAUGUUAUAGACGAUCCUCCUGCAUUCAAUUUAAAGGAUGUCAAAAGCGCAUGCUGUGGAGGUGGGAGGUUAAAUGCAUUGCUUCCUUGCUUACAGCCUUUGGCUACUGUCUGCUCAAACCGGGAUGACUACUUAUUCUGGGAUUUGGUCCACCCAACACAGCAUGUUUCUAAGCUAGAAGCUGAGACCCUCUACAGUGGUCCACCAAGACUUGUAUCUCCAAUCAACUUCUCUCAGUUGGUUGAGGAUAAUUAG